AUGAAGGGAGACACCAUCUCUGCCGGAUCUACCGAGCUCUCCUACCUCAAGUCGCUCGUUUCGCAGCUCAACGACAAGAUCCAGCAGCUCGAAUCCAAGGCCUCCUCCGCCGUGUCCUCUAUCACCGGAUCCACCCCGGCCGGCGUUCGUAUGAUCCUCAUCGGACCUCCUGGUGCAGGAAAGGGAACCCAGGCACCCAAGAUCCUCGAGAAGUACAACAACUGCGUUUGUCACCUUGCUACCGGCGACAUGCUGCGCGACCAAGUUUCCAAGCAGACCGAACUCGGUAAGAUGGCCAAAAAGAUCAUGGAUCAAGGUGGUCUUGUCUCGGAUGAGAUCAUGGUCAACAUGAUCAAGGAUCAGCUCGAGACCAACCCGUCUUGCAAGGGUGGAUUCAUUCUUGACGGUUUCCCGCGUACCACGCCUCAAGCUGAGAAGUUGGACGGAAUGCUGCGCGGAAAGAACCAGAAGUUGGACCACGCCGUGGAGCUCAAGAUCAACGACAACCUCUUGAUCUCGCGUAUCACGGGCAGACUGAUCCACCCUGCCUCCGGCCGAAGCUACCACAAGGAAUUCAGCCCUCCCAAGAAGCCCAUGACCGACGACGUCACUGGCGAGCCGCUGAUCCAGCGAAGCGACGACAACGCAGAGACCUUGAAGAAGAGGCUGGCCACCUACCAUGCUCAGACCGCCGCGGUGACGGACUACUAUAGGAAGCAGGGUAUCUGGAGCCCCGUCGAUGCAAGUCAGAGCCCCAAGGUCGUCUGGCAGAGCAUCCAGGCUAUCUUUGAGAACAAGAAGCAGCCUCAGCCGUCCAAGUAA